AUGUCCGAUUCACCGAGUGGCUUUGAUGGUGCAUGGGGACUGCGUGCUUUCAGCGUUCGGCUUGCUGGUAUUCGGUCUGAUCUUCAGCAGAGUCUGUCGGGGGAAGACAAGGAGGUCAUGGUAUCUGAUCUGAAGGUUGCGGCGCAGUGGAAGAGUCCUGACGAAUUGCCAUCCUCACAAACUUCUCAACAUCAGCUCCAAACGGACAAAAGAUGCUCGGGAGCCGAGCAAGACUCAUCCACGCCUCAAAUGCGACGGCCGGAUUAA